CGUCGGGCAUCGCGGCGGCGGCGGGAAGAUGGCGGCGGCGGGAUCCCUGGAACGGAGCUUCGUGGAGCUGUGCGGAGCCGAACGCGAACGGCCGAGACACUUUCGGGAAUUCACAGUCAGCGGCGAUGGGACUGCAAGCGCUGUGACUGGCGCUGUGAAAUACAGUGAGAGCGCGGGAGGCUUCUACUAUGGGGAAAGUGGCAAGUUGUUCUCCGUUACCAGAAACAGGUUCAUUCAUUGGAAGACCUCUGGAGAUACAUUGGAGCUGGUAGAAGAAUCACUGGACAUAAAUCUGUUGAAUAAUGCAGUUCGCCUAAAAUUUCAAAAUUGCAGUGUCUUACCUGGAGGGGUUUAUAUCUCUGAGACUCAGAAUCAUGUGAUAAUAUUAAUAUUGACCAAUCAAACAGUGCACAGGUUACUUCUACCACACCCUUCCCGGAUGUAUAGGAGUGAGUUGGUAAUUGAAAGUCAGAUGCAGUCAAUAUUCACUGACAUUGGAAGAGUUGAUUUCAGGGAUCCGUGCAACUAUCAUUUAAUUCCAGCAGUUCCUGGAAUAUCCCCUAAUUCCACCACCUCAGCAGCCUGGCUUAGCAGUGAUGGGGAGGCUCUCUUUGCUCUGCCAUCUGCUUCUGGGGCCAUCUUCAUUCUUAAACUACCUCCUUAUGACUUACCUGUGAGCCACGGGCGCUGCCCCAACAGGGGUGAACAGGGGACUUCAGAUCGUCCCCUCAGUCUUGCUGUUCACUGUGUCGAGCAUGAUGCCUUUAUCUUUGCUCUGUGUCAGGACCAUAAGCUACGAAUGUGGUCUUUCAAGGACCAAAUGUGCCUGAUGGUAGCUGAUAUGCUAGAGUAUGUACCUGUGAAUAAAGACCUUCGGCUCACUGCUGGAACUGGACACAAAUUACGACUUGCUUAUUCCCCUUCCAUGGGACUCUACCUAGGAAUAUACAUGCAUGCACCCAAACGAGGACAGUUCUGCAUUUUCCAGUUGGUGAGCACCGAGAGUAACCGCUAUAGUCUAGAUCACAUUUCCUCACUAUUCACUUCUCAGGAGACACUGAUUGACUUUGCCUUAACCUCCACGGAUAUCUGGGCCCUGUGGCAUGAUGCUGAGAACCAAACAGUUGUGAAAUACAUCAACUUUGAACAUAAUGUUGCAGGGCAGUGGAAUCCAGUUUUUAUGCAGCCUCUGCCAGAGGAAGAGAUUGUCAUCAGAGAUGAUCAAGACCCCAGAGAGAUAUAUUUACAGAAUCUUUUUACACCAGGACGAUUUACAAAUGCAGCUUUAUGUAAAGCUUUACAGAUUUUCCGCCGAGCAACUGAGAGGAAUUUGGAUCUUUCCUGGAGUGAACUAAAGAAAGAAGUUACUUUGGCUGUUGAAAGUGAGCUUCAAGGAAGUGUAACAGAAUAUGAAUUCUCCCAGGAGGAGUUUAGAAAUUUACAACAGGAAUUCUGGUGCAAGUUCUAUGCUUGUUGUCUUCAGUACCAAGAAGCUCUCUCUCAUCCUCUGGCCCUACAUUUGAAUCCACACACAAACAUGGUGUGCCUGCUGAAAAAAGGGUACCUGUCUUUCCUUGUGCCCUCCUCCUUAGUGGAUCAUUUAUAUCUCCUACCUGAUGAGAACCUUUUGACAGAAGAUGAGACAACCAUAUCUGAUGAUGUGGAUGUUGCUCGGGAUGUCAUUUGUCUUAUAAAAUGCCUCCGGCUGAUUGGAGAGUCAGUUACUAUGGAUAUGUCAGUUAUGAUGGAAAUGAGUUGCUACAACCUACAGUCUCCAGAAAAGGCUGCAGAACAGAUUCUGGAAGAUUUGAUCACUAUUGACGUAGAAAAUGUGAUGGAAGAUAUUUGUAGUAAACUGCAAGAGAUUAGAAACCCAAUCCAUGCCAUUGGACUUCUAAUACGGGAAAUGGAUUAUGAAACAGAAAUGGAAAUGGAAAAGGGAUUCAAUCCAGCUCAACCUUUGAAUGUUCGAAUGAAUCUUUCCCAGCUCUAUGGUAGUAGCACAGCAGGGAAUAUUGUGUGCAGAGGUGUGCACAAAAUUGCCAGCACUCGCUUCCUGAUCUGCCGAGACCUUUUGAUCUUACAGCAGCUAUUACUGAGGCUAGGAGAUGCAGUGAUUUUGGGAGCUGGUCAGCUCUUUCAAGCUCAGCAAGACCUACUACAUCGAACAGCUCCCCUACUCUUAUCUUAUUACCUCAUUAAGUGGGGAAGUCAGUGCUUGGCAACCGAUGUUCCACUUGACACCCUGGAGUCUAAUCUCCAACACUUAUCAGUACUGGAACUAACGGACUCUGGUACUUUAAUGGCAAAUAAGUUUGUAUCUAGCCCUCAGACAAUUGUGGAGUUAUUCUUCCAGGAAGUUGCAAGAAAACACAUUAUAUCUCAUCUCUUCUCUCAACCAAAGGCAUCUCUAAACCAAACUGGAUUAAAUUGGCCUGAAAUGAUCACUGCAGUUACCAAUUAUUUAUUGCAACUUUUAUGGCCUAGCAAUCCUGGUUGUCUCUUUCUAGAAUGUUUGAUGGGAAAUUGUCAGUAUGUACAAUUGCAGGAUUACAUUCAACUGCUACAUCCUUGGUGUCAAGUUAAUGUUGGUUCCUGUCGAUUUAUGCUGGGUCGAUGUUACCUGGUUACAGGAGAAGGACAGAAGGCUUUGGAAUGUUUCAGUCAGGCAGCAUCUGAAGUCGGCAAAGAGGAAUUCUUAGAUCGCUUAAUCCGCUCAGAGGAUGGAGAGAUUGUGUCUACCCCCAGGCUACAGUAUUAUGACAAGGUUUUACGUCUACUGGAUGUUGUCGGUUUGCCUGAACUCGUUAUCCAGUUGGCUACAUCAGCAAUCACUGAAGCAGGUGAUGACUGGAAAAGUCAGGCUACUUUAAGGACAUGCAUUUUCAAGCAUCAUUUGGAUUUGGGUCACAAUAGCCAAGCAUAUGAAGCCUUAACGCAAAUUCCUGAUUCCAGCAGGCAGUUAGAUUGUUUACGGCAGCUGGUGGUAGUUCUUUGCGAACGCUCACAGCUACAAGAUCUUGUAGAGUUUCCCUAUGUGAAUCUGCAUAAUGAGGUUGUGGGAAUAAUUGAAUCACGUGCUCGAGCUGUGGACCUUAUGACUCACAAUUACUAUGAACUUCUCUAUGCCUUUCACAUCUAUCGCCAUAAUUACCGCAAAGCUGGCACAGUGAUGUUUGAGUAUGGAAUGCGUCUUGGCAGAGAGGUUCGAACUCUCCGGGGACUUGAGAAACAAGGCAACUGUUACCUGGCUGCGAUUAACUGUUUACGACUUAUUCGUCCUGAAUAUGCAUGGAUUGUGCAGCCAGCAUCUGGUGCAGUGUACGAUCGUCCUGGAUCAUCCCCUAAGAGGAAUCAUGAUGGAGAAAUCACAGCUGCCCCAACAAAUCGGCAAAUUGAAAUCCUGGAACUGGAAGAUCUGGAGAAAGAGUGUUCCCUGGCUCGCAUUCGCCUCACUUUGGCUCAGCAUGAUUCAUCAGCAAUUGCAGUUGCAGGAAGCUCAUCGGCAGAGGAGAUGGUUACUCUUUUAGUUCAGGCUGGCCUCUUUGACACUGCCAUAUCAUUGUGUCAGACUUUUAAACUUCCCUUAACACCAGUCUUCGAGGGACUUGCCUUUAAGUGCAUCAAACUGCAGUUUGGAGGAGAGGCAGCACAAGCAGAAGCCUGGGCCUGGCUAGCAGCCAAUCAGCUCUCAUCUGUCAUUACUACUAAGGAGUCUAGUGCUACAGAUGAAGCAUGGCGACUAUUAUCAACUUACCUGGAAAGAUACAAAGUUCAGAAUAACUUGUAUCACCACUGCGUAAUCAACAAGCUCUUGUCUCAUGGAGUGCCUCUGCCUAAUUGGCUUAUAAACAAUUACAAGAAAGUUGAUGCUGCUGAGCUGCUUCGUCUGUAUUUGAACUAUGACCUUUUAGAAGAAGCUGUGGAUUUGGUGUCAGAAUAUGUGGAUGCUGUGUUGGGGAAAGGACAUCAGUACUUCGGAAUUGAGUUUCCUCUGUCUGCAACAGCCCCAAUGGUGUGGCUUCCAUACUCCUCCAUUGAUCAGCUUCUCCAAGCUCUGGGAGAGAACAGUGCUAACAGUCACAACAUUGCACUAUCCCAGAAAAUACUUGACAAAUUGGAGGACUACCAGCAAAAAGUUGAUAAGGCAACACGAGAUUUAUUAUAUCGUCGGAACUUGUGAUCCGGUUUGUUACCUAGCCUUUGUAACCACUUGGUGCCUCCUAGGGCUUAAGACUAUCCUACAGGAAUUCUGUAUACUCAAGGCCAUUUUUACAAUUGUAAAUGACAUAUAGAACAUUCAAGUCUGCAUUCUGCACAAGCUCGGAGGGCUGAAGAGUCCAAGGAUAGAGGACCCUGUGCUUGCUGGUGGUGCUAACACAAUUUCUGGGUUUCAACCUUGGGCUCAAAUAGCUGCUUUUGUAUAUGAUUCACAAGCUUUUUUAGAGUUUAUAUUUUUUUAAACUACUGAAGACAUUCUUUAUCUGCAAAUUAAAACCCACUUCCAUUUUCCAAAAUAACCAGUGGUUAUUGGUUUGUUGUAGCUGACCACAAAAAAGCAGUCACCCACAGAUCUUUUAAUUCUACUCUAUCACUUUUUGUAUUUCAGUGGAAUUAUUUGGUCCAGAACUGACAUGUAUUUUCUGUAUUGCGAAUAGAGGCUAAAAUUUUGUGUACUCUUUUCAUUAUUUAUUGUAGAGUUUUUGUAUGAUCUUCGAUAAAAUAUCAAAUAAUUUGCCUAGAUUGAGCCUAAAAUGAUGACCAGCUAUUUAAAGAAGAUAUCUUAUUUUGCAUCUGAUUUUGAAGCUAAAGUUGAGUAAGCUCUUAGCUAAGAAAAAAUUGAAUUAUCUUUAAAAGCAACAGAUUUUUAAAGUAAAUUCUGAUGACUUCUGUGAUUUAUCGUAAUCAAGCCGGACUUGAUCACACAAGUAGUCUAAUAAUGUAUUGGACCAAAAUAUAAACCUCACUGGUCAGAUUCAGAAGCAUCCAUGCCACAAAUUUUUGGGAAAGUGAAAAAUAAUAAAGUCUUUGUAGAUUUUA